GAUAAACGCGUUUGUAGCUCAAAUUCGCAAGUAGCUAUAAAGUAAAAAAUAACUGAGCGAUAGGCAAUCGCUGAUCGCAUACUAAUCGCGCACUUGGCCCGAGGGCAUGCAAGAUGCCAUAAAUCUUGUUCGGCCGUUAUUAUAGUGCAGACAGUUGAUAGGCCAGAGUGCUGAUCGUAGCACUGUCAGUCGUACCUCAGACCACAUCGCAACCGUAUCGUAACAUGUCAAAGACAUUCGCGGCCCUCGCCGUCGCCGUGAUAAGUGCCUUGUGCCUCUUGCCGGCGGCCACGCAUUGUGACACAUCCUAUUAUGAGAAAUACUACGCGGCACGUCGUUAUGUGCCGCUCAAGCGGAACGCUCUACUGCCCUUCAAUUUUACGCUUACACUGCCAACAGGCUUCGGUCUGGCGGCACACGAGCAGCUCGCUUUGGUGGGAAAUCUGAAGCAGCUGGGUGGUUGGCGGCCCGAUCGUGCUCUGCUCCUCAAUCGCACAGACAUAGCGCACAAUGUCUGGGUGGGUGCCGUCUCGCUGCCGCAGAAUAGCAGUGUGGAGUACCGAUACUUUGUGACCGCUGUGAGUCGUGGGGGCGCCCUGCAAGUUCGCCGUUGGGAGUCACAGGUGCAGCCUCGCAGUUUCAAUACGACACGUUUGGCGGGAAAUCGGUCCGACGAGUUCGGGCGCCUCGAUGGUGAUGGUGAUGGUGAUGAUGAGGGGCAGGUCACUCGAGGUUGGCUGAGCAGCGGUCAGAUAGUGCAGUUCAAGCUCUUUCGGCGACCCUUGAAACUAGAUGAGGCCACCCCUGGUGGUGGUGAGCUACGUCUCCGUCUGCAGCCUGUGGAUCCUGGCACGUUGACACCCAUUCUGGCAUCCGCACGCGCCAAUGUGGAAUAUGCACGCAUGUCCUAUGGCGACAGUCAGUUGCGGGAGCAACCGCAGUUCGGUGUGCCAUACCAGGACGACGUUAUACUCAUAUACCAUGUCCAGCUGGCAGAAAUCUCCCAAGUGGCCUAUCAACUGCAGCUCUAUGCCAGACAACCGGACAGUGAUUUGGUGCAUCUGCUGGGCUACCAUUAUGUGCAGCCCACAUCUCUGCAGGGCAGUGAGGGCAACAUUAAUGCCAGCCUUGUCUCCCCCAUUUGGCGGCACGUGAUUGGCGAGCUGCAGCUCCAAUAUCUUGUGGUCCAUCCCAUGAUUAAUGGCACCGCAGAUUUCCGCACCAGCUUUGUAAACUACUGGCGUUCAAGCUGGACGGCUUUGGAAAUUGGCCAUCGCGGCUUGGGGAAGAGUCUGACAGUGGCCACAAAUGCGGCGCCCUUAAUUGAGAACACCGUGUCCUCUAUGGUGGCUGCGGCAGAUCUUGGUGCCGAUCUGGUUGAAUUCGAUGUACAACUGACAAGCGAUCUGGUUCCAAUUAUUCAUCACGAUUACUCCAUACGCGUGUGCAUUGAUUCCAAAACGCCAACAAAUCGUAACGAUCUGAUCGAGGUCCUGCUCAAGGAUAUCACCUAUGAGCAGCUGAAGAACCUGAAGACCUACCAAAUAGUGGGCAACAAAAUCAUCGAAUAUCCGGCCCACAACAAUGUCGAGCAAGUGGAGCAACGCCUCUUUCCCACGCUGCAGGAUUUCUUCGAACGUGUCAAUCAGAGUGUGGGCUUCGAUAUAGAAAUCAAGUGGCCACAACAACGGGCAAAUGGCGAGUUCGAGAGCGAUCAGACUAUAGACAAGAAUUUAUUCGUCGAUCGGAUAUUGGAGGUGGUCCAGCAGCAUGGUUGUGGACGCCUAAAUAUAAUCAAGAGCUUCGAUGCGGAUAUAUGCACAAUGCUUCGCCUCAAGCAGAACAUGUACCCAGUCCUCUUCCUCAGCUCCAGCAAGGAGCAUGUGUAUGCCGAUCCGCGGACCGACACUGUGCUGCAGAGCAUCAACUUUGCCCAGGCCUUUGAUCUGGCCGGGGUUGUGCCCAAUGCCGUCUUAAUCAAGGCCGAUACGUCGCUGGUGCAACGGGCGAAGGCCCAGCUUCCACUAAUACUGCUGUGGGGCGCGGAUCUCAAGGAUCGCGAAUCCAUUGAUUGGUUCAAGGCGCAGGGCGUAACGGGUGUCAUCUAUGAUCGCAUGGACGUUUGGCUGCCUUCCAACAAGACAAACGCAUUUGAAUUGGAAUCGGAUCUGCCGGAAUUCUUUCAGCUGCAGUGCACUCCGGCGUCAAAUCAGCGUGUGGUGAACACCACCAUUGAAAGCAUCCUAAGCAAUGUUAACUUUUUGUAGUUUUGUGUUCUUUUCUAAACUUUGUCGUUAUACAUAUACUAUGUAUGUACGUGUAUUUUGCUUGUAGGUAUGUCAUCAAAUAAAAUCGCUAGCGAGAGCUCCUUCUACUCUGUU